AUGCGCCAAUUGGGGGUUGUGGGAGCGCUCGUGGGGUUGGGCUUCCUUGCCUCACAGCCGGCACUGGUCGGCGCGCAGGGCGAGACCAAGAUCCAUGAGAAGGGCCGCUGUGCGAUCCGUGGACACUGUGGGAAGCAAUCGAUCUUUGGCGGCGAGUUGCCUUGCCCUGAUAAUGGACGGGCUCAUGAACCGGAGGACGACGUAAGGCAGAAGCUGGUCGGGCUGUGCGGACCCAAAUGGGAGGAAGGCCCCGUUUGCUGUCUCGAUGAGCAGAUCGACGCACUCUCGAGUAACUUGAAGCUGGCUGAGGGUAUCAUUGCGUCCUGUCCAGCCUGCCGCCACAACUUCUUCGACAUCUUUUGUACUUUCACCUGCUCACCGGAUCAGUCUCUUUUCGUCAAUGUCACUAAAACCGAAGAGAAUCGCGCGGGCAAGAGACUCGUGACCGAGCUGGAGAACAUAUGGUCCGAGGAGUACCAGAGUGGAUUCUUUGACAGUUGCAAGAGCGUGAAGAAUGGUGCCUCCGGCGGGAAGGCCAUCGACUUUAUCGGUGGCGGAGCGAAGAAUUACUCACAGUUCUUGAAGUUCCUUGGGGACAAAAAGUUCCUUGGGAGUCCAUUCCAAAUCAACUAUCGCACUGAGCCCAGCGGCCCCGACCCCAAGGGCAUGAAAGCGUUGUCUAUGAAGCCCAAGGCUUGCAAUGACGCCGACAAGGCCUAUCGUUGCUCUUGCGUUGACUGUCCCGAUGUUUGCCCCGAGUUGCCUGCCGUAUCUACUCAUGCCGCGUGCCAUGUAGGACUCUUGCCAUGUCUCUCAUUUGCGGUCAUCGUCAUCUACUCUGCAUUCCUAACCCUCAUUAUGGGACUCGCAAGCUAUGUUACAUAUAAGGAACGUCGAUUCCGCAAGCCUGAGCGUGUGCGAUUGCUUCAGGACCCCACUCCCAGUGAUGAUGAAGAUGAAGGGGAGCUUGUGCACCGCGGAGGCUACAUGGAAUCUCCCCAAGGCGUGUACAAGCCAAACUCCCUUUUAUCUGCUCUGUUCCGCCGUAUUGGUGGGGCUUGUGCUCGUUUCCCGGCCAUUACGAUCGUCUCUAGCUUCAUUGUGGUGGUGUUACUUAGCCUGGGGUGGCUUCGGUUUACCAUUGAAACGGAUCCAGUGCGUCUCUGGGUAAGCCCGUCUUCCCCAGCUGCUCAGGAAAAGGCGUUCUUUGACGAAAGCUUUGGACCAUUCUACCGAGCCGAGCAAGCCUUCCUGGUAAAUGAAAGCGGACCCGUCCUGGACUAUGACACCCUUGUAUGGUGGUUUGACGUUGAGUCUCGUGUGCGACGCAUGAUUUCGCUGGACAAGGGCCUCAACUUGGACGAUGUCUGCUUCAAACCGACGGGUGAUGCUUGUGUGGUACAAUCGUUAACUGGAUACUUUGGGGGCUCUAUCUCCAAUCUUGACCCCGACACAUGGCAAGAUCGGCUUCGUCACUGUACCGAAUCUCCGGGUGACCCUAGCUGCCUCCCUGACUUCCAACAGCCGCUGAAGCCGGAGAUGAUCUUCGGUGGAUACGAAAGCACUGGAGACGUCCUGGAUUCCAAGGCACUAGUCGUCACGUGGGUCGUGAAUAACUUUCCCCAAGGAACUACUGGUGAAGAGAAUGCUAUCGACUGGGAGAAUAGCUUUAGAGGCAUCUUCAAUGUUGUCCAGGAAGAAGCUGCUGAGCGUGGUCUCCGCGUUUCCUUCAACGCCGAGGUCAGUCUUGAGCAAGAGCUGAACAAGUCCACCAACACGGAUGCGAAGAUCGUGGUCAUCAGCUACGUGAUCAUGUUCGUCUAUGCUUCUCUGGCUUUGGGGUCCGUCACCGUCACCUGGCGGUCUCUCUUAAUGAAUCCCGCCAAUGCCCUUGUGCAGUCCAAGUUCACCCUUGGAAUCGCUGGUAUUUUGAUCGUGUUGAUGUCUGUGUCUGCUUCGGUGGGGCUGUUCUCAGCAGCCGGCGUCAAAGUGACUUUGAUCAUUGCCGAAGUCAUUCCGUUCUUGGUUCUGGCAGUGGGUGUUGACAACAUCUUCUUGAUCGUCCAUGAGUUUGAGCGUGUCAACUUCAGUCAUCCGGACGAAGAGAUUGAUCAGAGAGUUGCUCGUGCCGUCGGCAGAAUUGGACCCAGUGUUUUCCUCUCUGCCCUGACGGAAACUGUGGCAUUCUCUUUGGGCGCCUUUGUAGGAAUGCCCGCCGUCAAGAACUUUGCUGCGUACGCCGCAGGUGCCGUCUUCAUCAACGCCAUUCUACAGGUCACCAUGUUCAUCUCUGUACUAGCUCUUAACCAGCGACGCGUAGAAAGUCUUCGCGCAGACUGCUUCCCAUGCCUUACCGUGCGGAAGGCGAACUCCUUUGGCUUGCCCGAGGAACAGAUUUACGAUGACCACGAAGCAGAGAGUGCGCUCCAAAGCUUUAUCCGCCGGAUAUAUGCUCCUUUCAUCUUAGAUCGCCGUGUGAAGGCAGUAAUCGUCAUCGUCUUCCUGGGUAUUCUCACUGCAGGCCUAGCUUUGAUCCCAGAAGUCGCUCUCGGUCUGGAUCAACGGAUUGCACUUCCAAGUGACUCCUACCUGAUCUCAUACUAUAAUGACCUUGACGCUUAUUUCCGCACUGGUCCUCCGGUUUACUUUGUCACUCGCAACGUCAACGUGACCGAACGAAAGCACCAGCAACAGCUCUGUGGUCGAUUCACGACCUGCGAAGAAUACUCCUUGCCAUUUGUUCUGGAGCAAGAAUCUAGGCGACCGAACGUGUCUUACCUUGCAGGAUCUGCUGCUAGCUGGGUUGAUGACUUUUUCUACUGGCUUAAUCCCCAACAGGAUUGCUGCAAAGAGGAUGGCAAGCUUUGCUUCGAAGGUCGCAACCCUCCAUGGAAUCUCACUCUCUAUGGAAUGCCAACUGGGCCCGAGUUUAUCCAUUACGCCGAGAAAUGGAUCGAUGCACCCACCGAUGCUACCUGCCCUCUCGGGGGCAAGGCGCCUUACAGUUCUGCAGUCCUCAUUGACAAGGAACACACCAUGAUCAACGCCAGCCAUUUCCGAACGAGCCACACCCCCUUGCGAAGUCAAGAUGACUUCAUCCAGUCAUACAUCGCGGCUCGUCGAAUUGCGGAUGAUAUCUCUCAAGAGCAAAAGAUCGACGUGUUCCCGUACUCGAAGUUCUAUAUCUUCUUCGACCAGUACGUUUCCAUCGUACAACUGACUGGUACACUCCUGGGAUCGGCAGUCGCCAUCAUCUUCGUCUUGACCUCUGCCAUUCUCGGGUCAAUCGCAACGGGUGCAGUUAUCACCACUACAGUGGUGAUGACCGUGGUCGACAUUAUCGGUACGAUGGCCAUUGCUGGUGUUUCAUUGAACGCCGUCUCACUCGUCAAUCUGGUCAUCUGCGUUGGAAUCAGCGUGGAAUUCUGCGCGCAUAUUGCUCGCGCGUUUAUGUUCCCCCCGCGGACCCUUCUCGAGAAGGCCCCCGCCAAGUUCCGCGGCAAGGACGCCCGGGCCUGGACGGCACUUGUCAAUGUGGGCGGGAGCGUGUUCAGCGGCAUUACAGUGACGAAGCUUCUUGGAGUCUGUGUGCUGGCUUUUACUCGAAGCAAGAUCUUCGAAAUCUACUAUUUCCGCGUGUGGCUGGCCUUGGUGGUGUUUGCCGCUACCCACGCGCUUAUCUUCCUGCCGGUAGCUCUGAGCUACUUUGGCGGUGGUGGAUAUCUCGACCCAGCUGCAGACGGUGGCCUCGAGGCCAACCUCGCUUCGCGAGGCUACCGCUCGUUGAUGGUGGAUGACGAUUACGACUCUGAUGAAUACUAA